CUCACUUCCGCCCCGCGGCAAGAUGGCGGCGCCCGGACCCUGCCACGCAGACUUCCGCCGGGCGGAGAGACUCAGGGCCGGCUGCGGGCCGCGUCGGAGGUGAAGUCGGGACGCGCCUGGUGUGGAGCCACAGCUCGGGGGCGCUGGGGCAACAUGUCGCAAGGAAACGCCGCAGGCGAGCCGAGUGGUCCGGGAGGGCCCCGACCCCUCCUCUCUGGGGCCCGGGGGCUUAUCGGGCGGAGGCCGGCCCCUCCACUUACCCCAGGUCGUCUUCCCUCCAUCCGCUCCAGGGACCUCACCCUCGGAGGAGUUAAGAAGAAAACCUUCACCCCAAAUAUCAUCAGUCGGAAAAUCAAGGAAGAGCCCAAGGAAGAAGUAACCAUCAAGAAGGAGAAGCGUGACAGGGAUAGAGACCGGCAGCGAGAGGGGCAUGGACGGGGGCGGGGCCGCCCAGAAGUGAUCCAGUCCCACUCCAUCUUUGAGCAGGGCCCAGCUGAAAUGAUGAAGAAAAAGGGGAACUGGGAUAAGACAGUGGAUGUGUCAGACAUGGGGCCCUCUCAUAUCAUCAACAUCAAAAAAGAGAAGAGGGAGACAGACGAAGAAACGAAACAGAUCCUGCGCAUGCUGGAGAAGGAUGAUUUCAUCGAUGACCCUGGGCUGAGGAAUGACACUCGAAACAUGCCUGUUCAGCUGCCGCUGGCUCACUCAGGAUGGCUUUUCAAGGAAGAGAAUGAAGAACCAGAUGUUAAGCCUUGGCUGGGUGGCCCCAAGGAAGAGGACAUGGAGGUGGAUGUACCUGCUGUGAGAGUGAAAGAGGAGCCCCGGGAUGAGGAGGAGGAGGCCAAGAUGAAGGUUCCUCCCAAAACAGCCAGAAAGACCCCAAGCCUUCCAAAGGACGUAUCUGUGGCAGAGCUGCUCAGGGAGCUGAGCCUCACCCAGGAUGAAGAGUUGCUGUUUCUUCAGCUGCCAGACACACUCCCUGGUCAGCCACCUACCCAGGACAUCAAGCCUAUCAAGACCGAAGUGCAGAGCGAGGAUGGACAGAUGGUGGUUAUAAAGCAGGAGAAAGACCGGGAAGCCAGGCUGGCAGAGAAUGCUUGUACCCUGGCUGACCUGACAGAGGGUCAGGUUGGCAAGCUGCUCAUCCGCAAGUCAGGGAAGGUGCAGCUCCUCCUGGGCAAGGUGACUCUAGAUGUAACGAUGGGAACCACCUGCUCCUUUCUGCAGGAGCUGGUGUCCGUGGGCCUUGGAGACAGUAGGACGGGUGAGAUGACAGUCCUGGGACACAUAAAGCACAAACUUGUAUGUUCCCCCGAUUUUGAGUCCCUCUUGGAUCACAAACACCGGUAAAAUGAGCAGAUGGAGGAUGAUGGUGACUGUGCCCACGGCUGCUGCCUGCUCCAGACGUUUUGUUCUCAAAUCUGUGCGACCCAGAAGGGGCCUGUUUAGCCCACCCACUCCAGCCUUUGGCGGCCAUUGUCCCAGUUUUCCCCAUAGGGCCCACGUGGCUCCCUCCCACAGCAGCUGUGAAUGGCACAGUGGCCUUCCCACAGCAUGGAUCCUGCACAUCCUCGCUGCUGGGGGGCUUGUCCCUUUUAUUUAUUUUUGUAUUUAUGUCUUAUCUCUUCAAAUGACUGCACCCUCCCCUGGUAGAGAGGGGAGGGUCUGUGGGAAAGCCCAGUCUCCUUCUCUUGCUGACUGUCUUGUUCUCAGGGUAGGAAGCAUAAAGACUGCUGCUGCUUUUGCUCCCUCCUCCUUCCCAAGAAACAGUGUUGGAGAGAGAGCAGGGAAUUUUUGAGUCUGGGACUCAGUGUGCGGUCCCAGUUCCAUCAGUUACUAGCUGUGUGACCUUGGACAAACUACCUAACCUUUCUGAGCCUCAUACUCCUCAUAGGACAAAAAUGAGGAUAAUACCUACCUCACAGGGUUGGUGUGAGGAUUAAAUGGAAUGUUGUAGAUGAAAAUUCCUUGCACAAGGCCAGAUAUACACAGUAGGCACUCAAUAAAUGUUAGUUUCCCUUC